UUUUUUUAAAAAAAUAAAAACAUAACAUUAAAACAAUAAAAACAUGUUAGCCAAAAAAUUAGUACUUGCCCGUGCUAAUAAUUAACCUGACCCUUUUAAAAAAGAUGAGUUUCCAUUAUUAAAAAAUAUUGCAAUUGAUACAGUAGCUAAAAAUUUUCAUCUUUAUCCUGAACUUACAGGUUUACCUGAGCAUAUAAAAGACAUAAUUAUUUAAAAAACAACUACAGAUCUUCCUAUUUUAAUAACAGCUUAAAAUAUAUACUAAGAAGCAUAUUGGUAAAGAUCAUGUAAAAAUAGAUGGGGAACAUCUCAUAAGCCAAUAAAUAUAGAAGAUCAUGGGCGUUCUUGGAAAGUCGCAUAUUUGGAAAGAUAUAUGGAAGAAUUUCUUGUUAAUGUAUAAAGUGCGGAUGAAAAUGAAAGAAAAUAAAUUAUUUAAAGUGAAUUAAGAGUGGCUUAUAGUUGGAUACAUACUCUUAAUAUUUAAAAUACUAAUUAGCCUUUGGAUAUUGAGUAUAUUUGUAAAAAUUUGCCACUUUUAACUUCUUUGUAAGUUUCUUAUGGUUUAAAAUAUACAGGAAUGGAAUAUAAUAGAUAGAGUAUUGGAAUGAAACUUUCUGAAGCUGCAAAUUUAGGAGAAGCUAUAAAAAAUAGUUAAGCUUUGGUAAAUAUAAUUAUAUAUAUAUAUUUUAUUUUUUGUUUAAUAUAUAUGUAGCUUUCUGUUAGUUUAUCUGCUAAUAUUAUAGAUGAUGAUUUAUUAAGAUUUAUUAUGGCUGGUGUUAAUAUGAAUAGUUCUUUAAUAGAAUUAAAUUUAUCUCAUAAUAAAUUAGAAGAUUAAGGUGCAAGAAGAUUAGCAAAAUUUUUAAUGAGAAAUGAAAUAUUAUUAUAUUUAAAUUUAUCGAAUAAUUUAAUAGGUUAUGAAGGUUCGCGUUAUUUUGCUUAAGCUUUAAAGAUUAAUAAAACAUUAUAAUAUUUGAGCUUAAAACUAAAUAAUUUAGGUGAUAAAGCGGGAAAGAAACUAUUUUAAGAUUUAGUAAUAAAUAAAACACUAUAAGAAUUGGAUGUAUCAGGAAAUUAAUUUGAUUAUGAAACAGCACUAAAAUUAAGUGAUUAUAUAGCAGAUUCUAUGUGCUGUUUAAAGAUUUUAGUUAUAGGAAAUAAUGAUUUUGGUGAUAGUAGUUUUGAAACAUUAAAAAUAGGGUUUACUAAAAAUUAUUCACUUUCAAAAUUAGAUAUUAGAGGAUGCAAAUUUAGCAAAACAUAAAGAGAAAGAGAAAGGGAAAUAAAUAAUUAAUUUAUGUUAUAUGAAAUGACUGAGUCAGAAAGGGAAUUAACAGAAAUUAUAUUAAAACAUGAUUUAACAGCGUAAAAAAUAUAAUUCUUUAGAUUUGCAGAUUAUUAGGAAAUAUAAAAUGCUAAAUAAGCAGAAAGAAAAAAUGAAUUAGAGAAGCUGUAAAAAUAAUAGCUAUAAAACAACUAAUAAUAAAAAUAAUAAGAAGAAAAUAUAGUAAAAGAAUGA